UCUGGCCUUCUAACCAUCACCCCGCCUCCCAAUCCGGAACCAUUCUCUCUCCGCUGUGCAAUGGGAACAGACUUCCCCCGAAAUACUUCCGGUACUCAGCUGGGCUGGAGGAACAGUUAUAAACUCUGAUCCUGAUGGAUUAGCAGCCAGGCCUGUGGAAUAUGGAUAAGAAAGGUUCAAUUUCCUGGAAAAAAAUGACAGCAAAAGGACAGAAGCAGGGUUCGAAGAGCAAAGAGGAUGCACCUCAUGAGUUAGAGAGUCAGUACAUUCUGAGGCUGCCAUCGGAACAUGCAGCCACCGUGCGGAGAGCUGUGCAGUCUGGAAAUGUCAACCUCCGGGACCGAUUGACCAUCGAGUUGCAUCCGGAUGGUCGGCAUGGCAUUGUGCGAGUGGACAAGCAACCUUUGGCUGCGAAGUUGGUUGAUCUGCCGUGUAUCAUCGAAUCCCUCAAGACCAUUGAUAAAAAGACAUUCUAUAAAACCGCUGAUCUGUGUCAGAUGCUGGUGUGCACCACUGAUGGGGAGCUGUACCCCCCACAGGAGGAGCCUGUGCCAGUUGAUCCCAAAAACAAAAAGAAGGACAAGGACAAGGAGAAGAAAUUCCUAUGGAAUCACAGCAUCACUUGCCCCUUGAAAAAUGUCCGUAAGAGGCGAUUUAGGAAAACUGCAAAGAAGAAGUACAUUGAGUCUCCAGAUGUGGAAAAGGAAGUAAAGAGGUUGUUGAGCACAGAUGCUGAGGCCGUCAGUGUCCGGUGGGAGGUUAUAGCGGAGGAUGAAACAAAGGAAGUAGAAAACCAGGGCUCCCUGCCAAACCUUGACAGCUCAUCUCCCGGAUCAUCUGGACACAAGCAAGGCCACACUUCAGCAGUGGAGAGAGAUGAGCUACGGGAGAUCUUCAAUGACAUCAGCAGUAGCAGCGAGGAGGAUGAGGAUGAAGGCGAUCGCCACGACGAUGAGAAUCUGAACAUCAUGGACUCGGAAGAUGACCUGGCCAGGCGAUUGCAGCAGAAGCUCGAUGAGUCUGAUGGACAGAUGCAACCAAAGCAGGAAUCAAACCAAAUGGUGGUGGAGUUCCAAUACGAGAUUGAGAAACUGAGAGAGACCUUGCGGCUGACCCAGGAGAAGAGGAAACGACAGGAGGACCUGAUUAUGAAGGUGGAAAACUUGGCAUUGAAGAAUCGCCUGCAGGCUGUGGUUGAUGAGAUCAAGCAACAGGAGGAGAAGGAGAAACUGCAGUUGGCUUCUUUACAGGCAAAGCUCGACAACAUGCUGAAUAAAUGAACGACUGUUGACAGAAUCUUUUAACAGGGACAGACCCACAGUGCGUGGCGUGCUAACAACCUGUUUAACCUGACACCAUCAGCAACCAGCAUCAACAUUGCAAUAUGUAUGUGAUUUGUACAUAAACUCAAUAAACCUCAAUAAAUGUGUUCUUA